AUGGAUGUUAAUGGACUUUUGCAAUGCUUUGCGUGUACUUUAGAUCAUAAUGCGACUGUGAGGAAUAAUGCUGAGUUGCAGUUAAAACAGAUAAGCAGGACACCUGGAUUUCUAGGUGCUUGCUUGGACAUAAUCAGCUCUUUGGAUGUUCCUGAGAAUGUAAAACUUUCUGCAUGUCUUUAUUUCAAAAAUAAGAUAACUAAUGGAUGGAGUGGUGCUAAAAUAAGUAGAAAUGAAUUGCUCAACUAUGAGGUGGAUAACGAUGAAAAACCUGUUAUCAAGGAUAUGUUGAUGAGGGCCAUGAUUUCUUGCUCAAAGAACUCUGCAAGAUGUACGAGGGUUUUGAAAUCUGCUCUCAAUACAAUCAUUAGAGAAGAGUAUCCACACAAGAGAUGGGACACUUUACUGCCGGAAUCAGUGGCACUGUUGAACGAGGGUGACAUAGACUCUGCGUAUGUCGGCUUAAUUUGCCUUUCUGAGAUAUUCAGGACUUACAGAUGGAAAGAAAAUGACGCAAGGCAGAGCCUGGAGAUUUUAAUAUUGGAUUCCUUCCCUGGUUUACUGCAGUACGCCCAGGAACAUUUGAUUCAAGAUGGUAAGAAUAUUGGAAACGUUAAACUCGGCGAAAUGGUUAAAUUGAUUUUGAAAAUGUACAAAUUUGUCAUAUAUCAUGAUUUACCUUUUGUGCUGCAAAGAGAAGACAUGUUCAUUAAUUGGGCAAAUUUUUUUGUUUCUAUAAUCCAGUUACCACUACCAAAUGAUGUCAUUAAUAGUUGUGAUGACGAAUUGCAGAAUAACUAUUCAUGGGUCAAAUGCAAAAAAUGGUCAUAUGCUAUUGUAUUCAGACUUUUUCAAAGAUAUGCGUCUGAGUCCUUAACAAAAAGGUUUAAUUAUGAUGAAUUCAAAUCGCUGUUUCUGACUCAAUUUUUUGGAGAGUAUUUACAACUUUUAUUUCAACAGAUUGAACAAUGGGGUAAUAAAAAGUUGUGGCUCAGUGAUGCGUCCAUCUUUUACGUUCUAAGUUUCAUUGAACAAGCUAUUAUUCAGAAAAGUACUUGGGGUAACAUAAAAUCCCAUUAUGGUACAAUUCUAGAACACGUUAUCUUUCCACUACUUAUGCCAAGCGAAGCUGCUCUUGAGACUUUUGAAAACGAUCCACAGGAGUACAUUCACAGAUAUUCUGAUUUAUGGAACGAUAGCUAUGCACCUGAUCUUGCGGCAGCUUCAUUAUUAGCAACAGCGGUCUCCAAAAGAGAAGGGACAACCCUGCAACCAACUCUGGAAUUUACCAUUCAAACUUUGCAAAAUAAUGUUGGCGACUUUAGAAAUAUUCCAUUGCAAAAUGCACUUCGGGUGGAAUCCUCGUUUAGAAUAUUUUCCUGCAUCAUAGAUCGGUUAACUGACGAACAGUCUACUUACAAAAAUGAAAUUGAAAGAUUUCUAGUUAGUUAUGUCUUUCCUUUCUUUGAUUCCCCAUACGGUUUUUUAAGAAGUCGCGUUUGCGAAAUAUCUUCGAAGGUUGGGUUCCUUGAAUUGCAUCCCUCAAAUGUAGAGACUCUUUUUAAUGGAAUAAUGAGAAAUUUGAAUGAUAGUGAUAAGUGCCUUCCAGUCCAGUUACUCGCGGCAUUAGCGUUACAAGCCUUCAUAAAUAAUGAAACUUUUGAAAAAGGCCUUUCCGAAGUUGUAGUACCUACCAUGCAACUAUUGUUGCAACUUUCAAAUGAUUUCGAGUCUGAUACAAUAUCGGGUGUUAUGCAGGAUUUUGUGGAAAAUUUUGCUCAACAAUUGCAUCCCUUUGGUGUGGAAUUGAUGAAUACAUUAGUUCAACAAUUCCUGAAACUAGCAGUAGAGCUGCACGAUGCAUCUAAUUUUCAGCCUGAUGAUUUAUUGAAUGACAGCGAUCUACCUGAUGAAAGCGAAAAGCAAAUGGCGGCUUUAGGUAUUCUUUCAACUACAUGUUCAAUAUUGCUUUCAUUUGAAAAUUCACAGAAUGUGGUGAAAAACUUGGAGCAAUCAUUUUAUCCUGCAGCAGAAUUUAUUCUGAAAAAUGAUGUAGAAGAUUUUUAUCGUGAAUGCUGUGAGUUCGUUGAAAAUUCUACCUUCCUUUUAAGAGAGAUAAGCCCAAUCUCAUGGAAAAUAUUAGAGUUAAUAGGAGAGGCAAAUAGUAAAGAGGAUAGUAUGGUCUCGUUUUACUUAGAAGACUUCAUGUUAGCUAUCAACAAUUACACAAUUUAUGCUAAGAAAGAAUUGAAACAAAAUGAUUUUUACUCAAAAAUUUUAUUUGAAAUUUACAAGAAAGCCUCAAUAUCUGAAGACAGCACUCUGGAUGAGUUAAGCGUUGUUUUUGAUUUAUCCCAAAAAAUCAUACUAUGUUUAGAGGGCGAUAUGCCAUCCUCAUACAGGCAAAGGUUUUUAGAAGAUGUCGCGAGAGCCAUCGUAGUCGAAAAAGAUGGCCUCAAGAAAAACAUUAUUUUUGGUGUUACAGCAUUUAACGUAGUUAUUUCAAGUUUGGUUACUUCACCCACUGUCACACUUCAAUUUUUAAAGCAUCACAACAUCUUGGAAUUUUUUUUCGAAAUAUGGCUCACAUUCUAUGUUCCCAAUUUUAAAAGAGUGUAUGACAUUAAACUCUCAACGCUUGCUCUAUUGAGCAUAUUAUGUCAACUGACACCGGAUCAUCUAGCCGCACUAUCUCUACAACCAGUGUCCCAAAAAAUGGGCUGUCUAAUUAUUGAACUUCUUUCAAGAUUUCCUGCAGCAUUAAAAGGACUUCAAGACAAAAGAAGGGAAUUCUCCCUUGAUAAUGAUGCAACAGAUUAUUAUAAUAAUCAUGGUGACGAGAUUGAAUUUGAAGAAAAAGGUGAAGAUGCUUUGGAAAAUGCUUUGGAAGAUCACUUGAAAGCUUUCGCAAAUGAUCCCGACUCUAUCAAAUUCAUCUCAGCAAAUGAGUUCAAUGAUGAGGAGGAUUUCGACGACCUGGAGGAAGAUCCACUAUCAGGAUCAGUUCUAGAGAAUAUAAGUAUCUAUGACGUGUUCAAAAGCUCGAUGGCAGGCUUGCAAAAUACCGAUCCAAACAGGUAUGCUGCAUUUUUGCAGACAAUGUCAGCGGAAGAUCAAAAUGCACUCAACCACCUAAUGAAUUUGUAA